GUCUGUAUGCGCGUGCCUGUCUUGGAGGGUAACGGGGUGUGUGCCGCCUCCUCACUUCCGGGAUGACCUCUGUGACCCCCCCACAGAGAAGCAGGAACUGGCUGCAGAAAUGGGUUCGGGGUCUUUUGGACCCGCCCGACUGUUGGUAACACGAGUUCUGACAUUUAGCAGCUGACUCGGAACGUCUGACCCGGACUUGGUCCGCGGAGCGAUCCGCAGCGACUCCGCCUCACCGCCAGAGCCAUCUGUUCUCCCUCCGCCGCAGCAGCUAGUCCCGCCCGUCUUCCCCGCUGCGCCUCCAGUCCCAGGCCUGCAGCGACCCCAGGGCGCUCCCGGUUCAUCCCGGGACACACACCGGCUCCCGCUAGAUACCCAGACACCGGGGACGCCGGAACAAGCCGGGUUCGGUCCGUUUACGGUAUGUCUCUGCUCAGCGUUUGGCCUCAUCGGCGGACUGCAGCUCGGGUCUGAGGGGAGACGGCAGGAUGGGGAACGAGGACGGCCUUGAAGACGUGUUUGUCGCCAUCAUCCGUCCAAAGAACCACAUCAGCCUGAGCUCCAAGGAGUACAAGGCCAAAGCCUAUGAGAUCCUGUUGAGAGAAGUUCCUGCAGAGGGGAAGGAGAAGAAGAGAAAGAAAGUCCUCCUGGCCACAAAGAUCCCAUCAGGAGACAAGUCCAAGUCCAUCCUGGACUAUGUGGACGAGACGAUGAGACCCGUGUCCGGCCCCCAGGGCUCUGCAGGGAAGCGGGUGGUCCACAUGAAGACGGUCCCAGCUGAAGGCGGCGCCGAAGCCGCCUCGCUGUUCGUGGUGCCGGUCGGAGUUAAAGAUAGCAGCAAGCCCGUCCAGAGUCCGGGAAGCCCCAGCUUCUACUGCCUCCAGGACAUCAUGCGGGUCUGCAGUGACACCAGCCCCCACCUCUGCCCCACCACCUCCAGGAUGCUCCUGGCCUUAGACAAAUGGUUAGCAGAACAACACGCCGUCCCCCACGCCAUCCCCGCUCUGUUCCGGCCGGCGCCGGUGGAGCGCGUGAAGACCAACGUCAGCAACCCCGCCUACGGCGGCGACGGCGGGCGGAGCCAGGAGGACCUGCACAUGGGCUACACGGCGCUGGAGAUCAAGAGCAAGAUGAUGUCCCUGGAGAAGGCCGACAUCUGCGUCCUGAACCCACUGUUCGGCUCAGAUCUGCAGUACACCAACCGGGUGGACAAAGUCAUCAUCAACCCGUACUUUGGGCUCGGCGCUCCAGAUUACUCCAAGAUCCAGAUCCCCAAGAGGGAGAAGUGGCAGCACGGCCCCAACUGUCUGGCAGAAGACAAGAAGCACCAGUGGGUGGACGACUUCCCUCUGCACCGCAGCGCCUGUCAGGGGGACACGGAGCUGCUGUCCAAGCUGCUGGACGGCGGUUUCUCCGUCAAGCAGCUGGACAGCGACCACUGGGCUCCCAUCCACUACUCCUGCUGGCACGGGAAGGUGGAGGCAACCAAGCUGCUGCUGGAGAAAGGCAACUGCAACCCCAACCUGCUGAACGGCCAGCUCAGCUCCCCCCUGCACUUCGCCGCCAGAGGAGGCCACGCCCAGAUCGUGCAGCUCCUGCUGCAGCACCCCGAAAUCGACCGGCACAUAGAGGACCAGCAGAAGAGAUCCCCCCUCCAGGUGUGUGAGGAGAACAAGCAGAACGAGUGGGAGCAGACCAAGGAGCUCCUGCAGCAGGCCGCCAGCAGGCCGUACGAGAAGGUCCGCAUCUACCGCAUGGACGACUCCUACCGCUCCGUGGAGCUGAGACACGGCAACAACACCACGGUGCAGCAGAUCAUGGAGGGCAUGCGGCUGUCCCAGGACACGCAGCAGUACUUCACCAUCUGGAUCUGCUCCGAGAACCUCCACCUGCAGUUGAAGCCGUACCACAAGCCGCUGCAGCACCUCCGCAUCUGGACCGAGAUCGUGACGGACUUGACCGUUCUGGACCCUCAAAGGGAGACGCCGCAGCUGUUCCUGCGCCGGGACGUCCGGUUGCCUCUGGAAACGGAGAAGAAGAUCGAGGACCCUCUGGCCAUCCUGAUCCUGUUCGACGAGGCGCGCCACUUCCUCCUGAAGGGCUUCUUUCCGGCGCCGGACAGUAAGCUGAUCACGCUGGCCAGCCUCCUUCUGCAGAUCAUCUAUGGCAGCUAUGAGAGCAAGAAGCACAAGCAAGGCUUCCUGAACGAGGAGAACCUGAAGUCCAUCGUUCCCAUCUCCAAAGUGAAGAGCAAAGCUCACCACUGGACCAGCCGGAUUCUUCACGACUACAAGGCUCUGAGCACCAGUGAAGGAGUCAGUAAGGAGAUGCACCACCUGCAGAGACUCUUCCUGCAGAACUGCUGGGACAUCCCCACCUACGGCGCCGCCUUCUUCACCGGCCAGGUCUACACCAAGGCCAGCGCCAGCAACCACAAGGUCAUCCGCGUCUACGUCGGCGUCAACACCAAGGGGCUGCACCUCAUGAACAUGGAGACCAAGGUCCUCCUCAUCAGUCUGGAGUUUGGGACGUUCAUGUGGCAGCUGGGACACGCCGACCAGUACUUUCAGAUCCACAGCGGGGACAACAAGAUGAACAUCAUCGUCCACACCAAGCAGGCCGGCCUGAUCGUCAAGCUGCUGAUGAAGCUGAGCGGACACGGGACUCCCAACGACAAGGGAGCGGCGGACAAGUACGCGUACGGCUGAGAGCGGCUCAGCCAAAGACCUGCAGGUUCCAUCUGGAGGUUCCUCUGCAGGUUCCUCUGGAGGUUCCUCUGCUGGUUCCUCUGGAGGUUCCUCUGCUGGUUCCUCUGCAGGUUCCUCUGCUGGUUCCUCUGCAGGUUCCUCUGGAGGUUCCUCUGCUGGUUCCUCUGCUGGUUCCAUCUGGAGGUUCCAUCACGAGGUUCCUCUGGAGGUUCCUCUGCUGGUUCCUCUGCAGGUUCCUCUGGAGGUUCCAUCUGGAGGUUCCUCUGGAGGUUCUUCUGGAGGUUCCUCUGCAGGUUCCUCUGCUGGUUACUCUGCAGGUUCCUCUGGAGGUUCCUCUGCAGGUUCCUCUGGAGGUUCCAUCUGGAGGUUCCUCUGGAGGUUCCUCUGCUGGUUCCAUCUGGAGGUUCCUCUGGAGGUUCCAUCUGGAGGUUCCUCUGCAGGUUCCUCUGGAGGUUCCUCUGCAGGUUCCUCUGGAGGUUCCAUCUGGAGGUUCCUCUGGAGGUUCUUCUGGAGGUUCCUCUGCAGGUUCCUCUGGAGGUUCCUCUGCUGGUUCCUCUGCAGGUUCCUCUGGAGGUUCCAUCUGGAGGUUCCUCUGGAGGUUCUUCUGGAGGUUCCUCUGCAGGUUCCUCUGCUGGUUACUCUGCAGGUUCCUCUGGAGGUUCCUCUGCAGGUUCCUCUGGAGGUUCCAUCUGGAGGUUCCAUCUGGAGGUUCCUCUGGAGGUUCCAUCUGGAGGUUCCUCUGCUGGUUCCAUCUGGAGGUUCCUCUGGAGGUUCUUCUGGAGGUUCCUCUGCUGGUUCCAUUUCCAGGUUCCUCUGCUGGUUCCUCUGCAGGUUCCUCUGCAGGUUCCUCUGCUGGUUCCUCUGCAGGUUCCUCUGGAGGUUCCUCUGCUGGUUCCAUCUGGAGGUUCCUCUGGAGGUUCUUCUGGAGGUUCCUCUGCUGGUUCCAUCUGGAGGUUCCUCUGGAGGUUCCAUCUGGAGGUUCCUCUGCUGGUUCCAUCUGGAGGUUCCUCUGGAGGUUCUUCUGGAGGUUCCUCUGCUGGUUCCAUCUGGAGGUUCCUCUGGAGGUUCUUCUGGAGGUUCCUCUGCUGGUUCCAUCUGGAGGUUCCUCUGGAGGUUCCUCUGCUUCCUGCGGUCUCACAGACCUGAAACCUACCUUUUGGGGAUCCGUUGUGAUGUUUUUGUAAAUACUGACAUUAUUUAAUACUCGUUCUAAUAAACGGAUGUCUAAACGCA